UAAUUCAAUCUAAUGUUACGUUCCAGUCUCUACUACUAGCUAGUCCAGAAGAGUGCUCUAGCUAGUAUCCUUACCAGCUCUGCAAUACUCCUACUAGAAGGAAAGUUGCUUGGUAACUUGGUGUGAAGUUGGUGAUUAACUAGUUUCAGUGAUGCAUGCCAUGGUAUUGAAGCUCCCUGUGUUGCGCGCACCUAUUCUUGUAUCUUUGGCUGGUUACGUUCCGGUAGCUCGCUCCGAUGCCUACCUAGUAGCCUGAUAAGCUGCGCUAAAGCUCUUGCAACUCGCCCGAACAUUACUGGCUGGCAGGCAGCUCCAGGUUCUUUUUCAUCUCGACUUUAAUGGAAGCACCCCAGUUGUGCUUGGCUCUGUUGUUCCUCUCCCAGGCAACGAAGCGGCUCUUCUGAGCCUGCCCAUUGAAGAUAGAUUGUCUCAUUAUCCCGCUGCUAACUUCUAGACUAACUUGACCGGCUUCGCCGAACUGUGAAAGGCAAUGCGACCACUACCGUAGCUUUUGGUGGUACCAAAGCUAAUGAAUUAAGUUCCAUGUUGCUUGCUUCUAUCGCGGGUUCUCGUACGACUCGUACGCGAGGACAAAGAAUCGACUCGACUUGACUCGGACUCUCUGUUUGAGGUUAGUUUUUGGCGCUGGCUGGUUAGAAAAGUUCAAAGGCGUGAUUAUCACUGACCUUUAAAGUUUUACAGAUUCUGAGCUUCAAUGAGAACAAGCAACAGUUAUCAUAAUAGUAACUUGGUUACUGUAGCUAUCUAGCAGCUAGCUAGAUUGGCAACCGUGGUGGCUCGGGAGUUGCCAGGGAAUGAGAGCGAACCAAAGGCCAGCCAGUGGUCGGGGCCUGCACUGCUCAUGCUGCACUUGCUUGGUGGUGCUUUGAGUUUUGUUUUCAAAGGUGAUUAUUAUGAUCCUGACAUUUUUUUGGAAAAUCAAUCAGAAGUUCAGCACCAUAGACAGCAGCGGGUCAAGGGCCUGCACUGCUGCGAAAAUUGUUGCUGUCGUUUGAGAACAAAGGAUCCGUGGCCACCAUGAUUCUGAGGCAAGCAAGGGGCCAUUUGUGGCAACUUUAGAGAGGCAAGAGUGAGAGGCGAACGAACUGAAACAUUGAAUUAAGAAUCGUGCUUACUGCAACGUCUGCCGACUGCUGGACUCAUGCACUGCCUCAUGGAGGCUUUGAUGUGCCUCCGCUGUGGCGAGAACCGGUACCUAGCUAGAUUCGAUUCUGUCAUCUAUCCCUCGACUGAAUUGCCACAUCAGGACCCGCCUUUGACAAAGAUCUACUGAUGAGCUACAUGUAAUCGGCGUACGGUACCAUCGAGGGCGGGGUUCAAGUGUCUGUGUACCACCGGAUUUGUUGUUAUAGUGUUAUGGUAGCUGUACCACCAUUGAAGAGAACAAGCACUGGAACGCAUGUAUGUAGUCAAAAUCCCUCAGACCCCUGAAUCGAAUCUAUAUUCCGAACCCGAUGUGGUUGGUCACUGGUAGGAUCCAGCUGCACGUUUGCUUUAAUCUCUCAUAGUCUUCCAUCUACAGGCUUUAACACCUCGGUUGUGUACAACAUGGUGUAAUGGUUGUACAAUUCACACAAGUUUUACGGAUGGCUUUGAUUUGCGGCUGACUUGCUCAUGCGGCUCAUGAUGGGCCUAUGAAGGAGCGACUUAAAGAUGGCCUUUGUAUCAGUGUUUCAAUUACAUAAUUCCCUAUUAAUAGUAGUAUACUUUUACCACUGGCAAGUUGGUAAGUUGGUGUUGAAGCUCUUAUGGUACAUAAGGUGUGUUCGUGUGUUCGUGGACAAAGGUAAACCCUUUGUGUCUUGGACAAUCUUUUUCUUCCUUCCGAUGUUCGAUGGAAAAUCAGGCAAAGAUGGUUUUGUGAUUACCUUGUGUCGACCACCAUCUCGUUUUUGCCAUUGGAUCGCCGUCUCCGCACGUAUUGCAUCGAGGGCGUCUCACUUACUUCAUCAUCAAUAGGUUGAUAGUCGUCCACUAGCUAGUUUGGCCUGUUUCUUCUUUGGAGAGUUGCCGAGUCUGACAACACACACAACUUAAUUGCUGAUCAAAACGUUGCAGCAAAGGGCAUAACUUCACAAAUCUCCUCCUGUCAUCUUCUCUUCUCUCUCUGCUCCAACUCUCUCAGCAUUGCUCCUACUAGCUAGUCUUUAUCAAUCAAUCAAAGUAUGACAACGGAUGUUUCUAGUACGACCAACGCGCGGCUGCAGCUGCAGCAAACGCACCAUGGUCUGGACCGCGUCAAGUCGGCACCACAAGCGGUAGUAGAAUCCAAUAAUUCGCUACGAUCGUCGCUCCGCCCAGCACUGCGCAAAUCGUUGGCACAGCGGCGCAAGACGACUUGCGGUGCUAGUAGCAGUUUGCGGCAAUCCAUCAAGUUUUCGACCAAAGAUUUUGUCACCAAAGCCUGUGGCGAUCUCGAAAUGGACUAUGACAUGGGUCCGUUGUUGGGCGAAGGCGCGUAUGGCGGAGUCUACGCGUGCACGCACAAAGAGACGGGUGCCGAACGAGCCGUCAAGAUUGUACCCAAAUCAUUGGAUGAGAAACAAAACGACAUGGUGAUUCAAGAAUUCAACGUGCUGAAAGAACUCGAUCAUCCCAACAUUGUCAAGAACUAUGCGCUCUACGAAACCGACACGCAUUUUCACAUUGUCACGGACGUGAUUAGUGGUGGGGAACUGUACGAUUUACUCGAAAGCGAGUUUAGUGAAAUGGAAGUGCGAGAACUGCUGAAAGCGUUAUUGACGUGUAUGAAUUACUGUCAUCAACAAAGGAUUGUCCACCGCGACUUGAAGCCAGAGAAUGUCUUGAUGGAAGAAUCGCACGACUUUACCCAAGUCAAAGUCAUUGACUUUGGACUGGCCGAGUUUAUUCAAGCCGACAACAACUUUACCGAAGCGGCUGGAUCUUCCUAUUACAUGUCUCCUCAAGUCAUUCAAGGCAACUACACGUCCAAGUGCGACAUUUGGAGUUGUGGCGUCAUUGCGUACGUUUGUUUGGGAGGAUAUGCCCCCUUUUCGGGAGCGGACGAACAAGAAACGGCACAGCAAAUUCUUGAUGCCACACAAGUCUAUUUUGACGAUCCCGUUUGGGAUGACUUUUCGGAGGAUGCCCUCGACUUUAUCGAAUACUUGCUGACAUAUGACGAAGACGAACGACCUACGGCGGCACAAGCAUUGCAACAUGCGUGGUUGCAACACUGCGAUGAUGAUUUGUCCGAAGCACAAGUCGUCGACAUGGACAAGUCGGCCCGAGUUUCGUUGGAGUCGCUCAAAGCAUUCCACGCGGCCGAUUCCAAACUCAAACAAUGCACAUACAGUUUGAUUGCCUCGCAGAUUGUCCGCAAGGAAGAAAAGGAAUACCUCGACAAAAUAUUUCAAAUGAUUGAUGUCGACUGUGAUGGUCAGAUAUCGGCGGACGACAUGCGGACAAUCUACAAUGACAAGUUUGGCAUUGAUCUGCAACAAGAUGAUCUCGAUGGCAUCUUGUACGAAGUCAAUCUCAGUGGCAGUGGAUCUAUUUCCUAUUCGGAAUUUGUCAUUGCCAGCAUGUUGGAAAAGGGCGUGCUUGUGACCGAACACAAUUUAGAGCUGGCAUUUCAAAUGAUGGACACGACACAAUCCGGGUUCCUGACAUUCGAGACGCUCAAGUCUGUCUUGGGAGUCGACGACGAUAUGGAAAACUAUGUACAGCAACGCAUCAUUCGUCCCGCCGAUCUCGAUGGUGAUGGCAAGAUUUCGUUGCAAGAUUUCAAAGGAUUCUUUGCCGGACGGCAACCACGAUCAUCGGUGCACUCGAGUGUGAGCUCUCGUCGCAGUUGUCGAUCGUCAUCCGUGCGACGAUCCUGUCGCAAGUCCUUUCGGGCCAGUGCUCUGUUGCAGCCCGAUCCGUCGGAUAUCGAUGCCGGAUUGGCGGCACUGCGAGCCGAAUUCAAUGGACCCAACUAUCAGUAUCAAACCUCUUCGUCGAUGAUGAUGGCGAGUUCCAGUGUGCUCAACUGCAGCAUUGGAGAAGAUGAACCAGUGCUACUAGAGACCAGUCUUGCGAUUACGACAGAGGAUGAACCGACCUUCAAGAAAUUGCUGAGUAAAUUUGAACUGGAAAGCAGCAUCAACACCAAUGUCCCAUCCAUGUUCCGACCACAAGGCAGCAGCAGUAGCGGAUUGACUUAUUGAUUGAAGCAAGCAAGGCAGCAAUCAAUUAAAGCAAGCAACGACCUCCAGCUACACCAUGAUGAUAGAGGAGGUAUGACUAGUGUAUAAUAAUAGCGAAAUGGUUUACAUUUUG